AUGCGGCGUCAUGGCAGGGCCGGCGGGGGUUCAACCAAGGCUGUGACACCCAUCUCCGACACCGUAUCGCUCAUCCAUUCCUUCGAUUCAUUAUCGAACCCCAAUCGCCCCGUGCGCCCAUCGCCGUUGACCUCGUCUAGUAUCCAAGCUUUGCCGUUAGACCUCGUUGACCGAUUGCGCUCCUUUCCGUUGUUCCAGUCCACGCCAGAGUCUUUUCUGAUCGACGUCGGACAACACCUGCGCCCGCAGCUUUGCGCUCCAAACGAUUAUAUCUUGACGGAGGGCGAUGAAGCCAAGGCAAUAUACUGGUUGGUACGAGGUGCGGUCCUGGUUACAUCUCGAGAUGGAGAGAGUAUUUAUGCGGAGCUUGAGCCGGGCGCUUUCUUCGGCGAGAUAGGUGUCUUGAUGGACCGGCCCCGUACUGCCACCAUCAUCGCCCGCUCCAGAUGUCUGUUGGUGGUGCUGUCCAAAGAGGACUUUAGGAGCAUCCUUCCCCGGUUUCCCGAAGUAGAGCGUGCUAUCCGGGAAGAAGCUCAAGAACGGCUGAUGAUUUUGGAGAAGAAAAAGAAAGAGACUUCGGCACCGUCGGCAGAUCUUAUAGACACAUCUCGGAGAGGAUCAAAAAGGCUAAGAGACCUCUCGCUUACAGAUCAGAAUGGUGCGAGCUUAACGUUUGUCAAUAAGAAACGCAAAUCCCCAAGCCCGGGACUGGCUGAUGGAACUUCAAGCGCCCUCGCAAAUGGGCUUGUCAACGUCCGACUUCUACUUAAGGAGCUACCUCUCUUCGCGGGUCUUCCGCCCGAAAUCCUCCAUUUCUUGGGUCUCAACGCGCAGCCCCGAUCAUUCCCACCGUUCACCGACAUCAUCAAACAAGACUCUCAGGGACGGGAAGUCUAUUUCAUCGUGCGUGGCGAGGUCGAAGUGUUAAGUGAACGAACAGACUCAAGAAACGGCGGCCUCUCGCUGCCGACCACUAUUGAACAUCCUGGCUUUGAAGUCAAAGCACGUUUGAAGCAGGGCCAAUAUUUCGGCGAGGUAGUAAGUCUUUCAUUAGCACCUCGCCGGACUGCAACAGUACGCUCGAUUACUGCCGUCGAAUGUCUCAUGAUUAGCGGUGAGGUGCUAGCCCAGUUCUGGGAUAGAUGCCCCCAAGAUGUUCGAGACCAGGUGGAACAGACGGCCAAAGAUAGGCUCAAGACUGCAUCUGACGGCGAUGUUGUCAUGUCCGAGGCUGUAGACACUCCUGAUGGACCAAGCACCAAUGAUGAUCGGUUCAAAAUUAGGGCUUCCCGCAGACAAUCCAUGCCACUGUUAACUUUGACGGAAACAGAGUUGGACGGCACUCAUAAGCCCAAUGGUAUAGAUGAUCACACGGUACUGCGGCCGUCAGACCCGGACCCCUUUCUCAACGUGGGUUUGGACAAUGUUAGACUUCGCAGUCGACGAGGCUCUGUCGCGCCCCCAACGCCAGAGGAGGUCACCCGAGACCAGCAAAGGGCCUCUCAUACUGAGCCUAGGUCCAGUAGCUCCUCCUUUCGUUCCCUUCCAGAAACCUCAGCCACACCAGUUGCGCAAAAGGCAAAGCGCGAACCCAGCAAUGACAAUCACGGCAUCAUUCCUGAUGACUUGCUCGUACGCAUCUUUGAUUAUCUCGAACUGCACGACCUUCUUGGUCUCCGCGCCGUGUGUCUCCACUGGUCAGAGAUUAUCAACAAGUCUGCGGAUUUACUUCACUAUCUUGAUCUGAGUGUCUAUAAUCGCUGCCUUACCGAUGACGUCUUGGCAAAGAUCAUUUGCCCGUUUAUUGGCAAUAGGCCACGUCACAUCGAUAUCAGUAAUUGCUUCCAUAUCACUGAUGAGGGUUUCAACAAGCUGGUCAACACCUGUGGGUCUAAUAUUGUGACCUGGAAGAUGAAGAGUGUGUGGGAUGUUACUGCAUCCGCUAUUCUGGAAAUGUCCAGCAAGGCUACCGGCCUAGAAGAAGUCGAUCUGAGCAAUUGUCGAAAAGUUAGUGAUACGCUCCUAGCUCGGAUCAUCGGUUGGGCCACUCCAGGCCCAUACAAACCCCCAGAGGAUUCUGGCAAAAGUGGCAAACCUGCCAUCAAACCCACAAUUCAAACGCCCAAAGGCGCAAUCUUCGGGUGUCCAAACCUCAAGAGACUGACCCUCUCUUAUUGCAAACAUGUGACUGAUAGGUCGAUGCAUCACAUUGCGUCUCAUGCUGCUUCCAGGAUCGAAGAAAUGGACCUAACACGAUGUACCACAAUCACGGACCACGGGUUCCAAUUCUGGGGAAAUGCUCAGUUCACCAAUCUCCGAAAACUCUGUCUGGCGGACUGCACAUAUUUGACUGAUAAUGCAAUUGUUUAUCUCACAAAUGCUGCAAAGGGACUGCAGGAACUUGACCUGUCGUUCUGCUGCGCCCUGUCAGACACGGCAACGGAAGUCCUUGCCCUACAGUGUUCUCGAUUAACAUAUCUAAACAUGUCAUUCUGUGGUUCGGCUAUCUCCGAUUCGUCAUUACGCAGCAUUGGCCUUCACCUUCUUCAUCUCCGGCGACUUUCGGUGCGCGGCUGUGUUCGAGUCACUGGGGCGGGUGUCGAAGCCGUGGCCGAUGGCUGCACUCAGCUGGACACCUUUGACGUCAGUCAGUGCAAGAAUCUGACCCCCUGGCUUGAAGCUGGCGGAAUACAAAAGUACAAGGGUAAAAUAUUGUUCGACACGGUUGCCGCGAAUGGAAAGCUUUAUCGAUAA